GGGUCUCCUCCCCGCGGCAACACGGCUUCUCUUCCUCAGCUCGGCGACAGGGGCUUCCCCUCAGCCGCCGCCGCCGCCGCCCCCGUCGCAGCCGCCGCCGGCCGAGCCACGCCGUGCCCGCGGCCCGCGGCCGCCAUGCAGUUUAUGUUGCUUUUUAGUCGUCAGGGAAAGCUUCGACUGCAGAAAUGGUAUGUCCCACUGUCAGACAAAGAAAAGAAAAAGAUCACAAGAGAACUUGUUCAAACCGUUUUAGCACGGAAACCGAAAAUGUGCAGCUUUCUUGAGUGGCGAGAUCUGAAGAUUGUUUACAAAAGAUACGCUAGUCUGUAUUUUUGCUGUGCUAUCGAGGAUCAGGACAAUGAGCUAAUUACCCUGGAAAUAAUUCAUCGUUAUGUGGAAUUACUUGACAAGUAUUUUGGCAGUGUGUGUGAACUUGAUAUCAUCUUUAAUUUUGAGAAGGCUUAUUUUAUUUUGGAUGAGUUUCUUUUGGGAGGGGAAGUUCAGGAAACAUCCAAGAAAAAUGUCCUUAAAGCAAUUGAGCAGGCUGAUCUACUGCAGGAGAAAACAGAGAAUAUGUAUCACAGCAAGAGUUUCAUUGGGUGUAAGAGAGCGUACUAGAAUACGUGCUGGAGUUCUGACACGCAUCAAAAUGUACCACGUCAUGAAUAUUUUAAUGUCCCUGUGUACUAAAUGACUACUCAUCGUGUAUGCAGAAUUGCACAGAGGAAAUAGAGAGCUGAUAUACUUAUGAAAGAAAAUGCCCUCAGCUUGGUGACUGAUUAUCUUGUAUAAUCAUUUCAGAAUCAAUACCUUCACCAUUGUAAUUUUUUUUUCCUGUCGUCAUUUCUCUGUUUGAUUUUCAUUCUAUAUAUGAUCUUGAUAUAGUUUAUUCCUGCUCUCAACUGGUUUAAUUUCUUCUUGAAAUAUGGCCUAUGAAUGUUUUGAGUAGUAUUUCACCUUAAACACGUACAUGAUUCAUCUUGUAAAAGGAAACGUUAGCAAUCGUUAAAGUUUUUACCAAAGAGCAUAUAGCAGAAGUGCUACAGCAGAAUAAACAGUGUCGUAACAUACAGUGUGACUUGGUCUUCAGAUGUUGGGGGAGAAAAGAAAUUCUAUUUAGUGUGACUGUAUUACAGCUCUCUGUGAGCUAAUGUAUUCUAACGUAUCACAUAAAAGUAUAUUUGGAAAUAAUUCAAGAAAGUAAAAUCUGUACUAUUACAAACAUUUAAGGGUGAAACAUUCACAGUUCCUAAGUUUGUAAUGCCAUGUAUAUUGGAUCACAUUUGUGCCACACAAUAUUGAACAGUCCCUUUAAGAAUGAUCAGAAAACUGUGUUAGAAGUCUCUUCUACAGUAUCUGUUGUUUAAUAGGAAAUAACCUUUUCAAAAUGUUAAUACUGAGUUUGUUUAUAUAGUUAAAAUCCUAAUACAGUUUAAAUACUAGUAUUUUACUAGUGAUGGAUUUAAAUACUUAAUGAUUUGUUAACUAUAGUUUUAUAUUCUAAAUAUUAAGACUUAAUAUUGAUUACGGUGUAUAGUUUUAAAACGUGCAACUUAUUAUAAAAGGAAAAGUAUCCAAUAAUUCAUUGCUUAUAUGUAGAGAGUUUAAAGCCUGAUUAAGUAAGCUAUCAUUAAACCAAUUCAAAAGAUGCUCAAACAGGUUUACCACUGAAAGACGACCUAUGAGAGUGUCUAUUAGGCAGGUAUGCAGACCAGUUCUUUCCAUUCUCGCUGUACUGCAUGACAUUUGAAGCACCUGGAUGGGCUAUCAAAUGAGAAACUUAGCAUUAUACCUUGAAAGCAUUGGGAGACACUGGUCUUUCAUUUCCAUUUUUGUCCUCUGCCCCUCCCCCAACCCUGCAAUAUGUUAUUCAUCUGGUUUUAAUGCUGAAUAUGCAUUGUCUCAUGCCUGUUUGCUUUGGAUGCUGUGUGCUGAGCUGUAACAAGAUGUUGCUUCUUUUGUUAUUUGUAUACAGCUGCUUGCUUUAAAUUAGUAGAUUCUGAAAUCGCUUUUCUUGCACGUCUAAAAUAAAAGUAUUGCAUGUA